UAGGUUAAUUUAUGUUAUUCUACGCAAAUUUCCAAAUGCGAGUUGGCGCUCUCAUUGGUUGAAACCACAGUCAGAUUCCUACAGAAGAGUAUCUGAUUGAAAAUCAGGGAGGGGAGAAAAAGAAAGAGAGCAAGAAGUGCGAUGUCUUACAGUGGUUUGGAUUCUGACUUUUGCGAAGGGAUUUUGGGAAAUAUGUAUUCUUCGACUGAUUGGAUAUUGUUUUAAGACUGGGGGGAAAAGUAAGCUAGCCUUUGCCAAUAUAUAGUAAUACAACCACUAUCCUACCUAACCUACUUUUUAUACACGAAAGCGUUGUCAUGCCACGAUCCUUUUUGGUGAAAAACAAGAGGUGCACAUCUUACAAUGUGCACCGAUCUCACGAAGAUGAAACCGAACCGAGGGACCCUGAAUUUACAAAACUAAAGAGUCCAGAGUCUCCAGUCAGGCCUCAGUCACUGGGUCAGCCCACUCAUCCUGACCCCUAUUCUUACAUGAAAAAUGAGCAGGAGCCUGAACGACCAGUCCCCUUUCACCCUGACCCAACAGGACACCCUGGUACCCCUGCUCCACGGCCAUACUACUUAUCAGAGGCUCACAUGGCAGAGCUCCCUGCCUACUACAAGCCCUCCUACACCUGGGACUCUGUACCUGCACCCUAUGACUUUCAUCAGAUGGGCUUCCCCCCCUCCCUCAUGCAGCACUCCAGCAGCCUGUUUGGGGCUCACGUCAGCAAUAGCCCUGAGCCCCAGCAACCUCUGGACUGCAGCACACACUACUACCCCACCUCUGGAAAUUAUCACUGCAUCACCUGUGACAAGGUGUUCUCAACCCCUCAUGGUCUGGAGGUGCAUGUCAGACGCUCCCACAGCGGGACCAGACCGUUCGGCUGCAGCAUCUGCAGGAAAACCUUUGGCCAUGCUGUCAGCCUGGAGCAACACAUGAAUGUUCACUCACAGGAAAGAAGUUUUGAAUGCAAGAUGUGUGGAAAGACAUUCAAGCGCUCCUCCACCCUCUCCACCCAUCUACUCAUCCACUCAGACACCAGGCCCUACCCCUGUCAGUACUGUGGAAAGAGGUUCCACCAGAAGUCGGACAUGAAGAAACACACCUACAUCCACACAGGUGAGAAGCCCCACAAAUGCCAGGUGUGUGGCAAGGCGUUUAGCCAGAGCUCCAACCUCAUCACACAUAGUCGUAAACACACAGGCUUUAAGCCCUUUGGCUGUGAGAUCUGUGUCAAGGGCUUCCAUCGCAAGGUGGACCUCCGCAGACACCAUGAGAGCCAGCAUGGCCUGAAGUGAAGAGGGUGAAAACAAUGGAUGGAGAAGAAGAGGAAAAUGUGCCUUAGUGGUGAGCAUCAUGGUACAUCAUGACACAAAAUGGCCACUACGGACACAAUAAUCUGUUUUACACGUACCGCAUUGAAUCUUAUCCUUCUUGUGAAAAGGCAUUUUUAAGUCAAUCAGAGCCAGCAGCUAACCAGCAGAAAUUAGACAAUGCAAAUGAUGAAGAUACUUUAUGAAAAAAGUAUUUGCUAUCACUUAAGGAGGAACAGCCCUUUGGAAUAAAAUCUAAUUCAACUGAUAUGCAUCCUUUGGGUGCAUUACUGAGGCCUUUAAAGUCAAAUGUGAAGAGAGAUAGGUCUCAUGAUUUUGUUGCAUAAUGUAUUUAAGAAAAAGCUUUAUAUGUUCACAAAGAGUAUGUGUGUGCCAUUCAUACUGUAUUUAUAAAUUAAUCUUAUGUCAAAUAAAAUGAAGCAAUGGUAUGAAUGAACAAAUGCUCUCCAAAUAAAUGGUGAGAUUUUAUUAUAA